AUCGCCGCCCUCCCCCGCGCGCGUAAACCCUAGCCCCCCGCCUUCGUCGCCCGCGCGCCGCCCUCGUGCCCCCACGCCGGCCCCGCGCCGCGCUGAGCCCCCCAAAACCCUAGCCGCCGCCCUUCCAGAUCCCGAUCCCGCGAGGAGGGCGGGGCAGGGAGCGCGGCCCCCACCGCCGCAGAUGGAGAACGCGGCGGCGCGCAAGGAGUGGCGCGCCGUCCCCGACGCUCCGCUCCGCUCCAAUGGCGCCGAGGACGCCGCGGACCACGGGAAGCUGAGCCAGUCGGAGGACCGAGCCAUCUACGAGGAAGGGGCGGGGGGACUGGACGACUUCUGCGCCAUCACCAUCGACGGGAGCGGGGGCCUCAGCGAGGACCUCCUGCAGCAGCGCCUGCAGAGCGUCAUGCGCCAGCGGGAGGAGCUGCAGCAGGUCGAGAUCGAGCUGCGCGCACAGGCCAUCGCGCACCCGCAGAUCAUCGAGGCGCAGCAGAGCUUCCAGGCAGCCGCCAAGGAGCAUGCUGCGGCCGCGGCAAAGCUCAAGGAUCAACUGCAUGAGCGGGAGCAGUACAUUCUGGAGCUAGAAAUGAAACUCAAUGACAAGGAUAGAGAAUUGAAUGCUUUGAAGAUUGAUCAUCAAACGGUGUGGGCAAAUCAAGAUCUUCUUAGAGAACAGACCAAAGAACUGGCAACUGUCAGAAGGGAACGUGACAACUCUGAAGCUGAAAGAGCCCAACAUCUUAAACAAAUUCAUGAUCUCCAAGAACAUCUGCGAGAAAAAGAAAGCCAGUUCAUUGCAUUGGAGGAACAGCAUAGGGUUGCUCAAGAGAACAUUCUUUACAAAGACGAGCAGUUGAGAGAAGCCCAUGCUUGGGUUGCCCAAGUUCGAGAUAUGGAUGUUUUGCAGUCUCAAUCCCUACAAGUUGAGUUACGUGAGCGCAUGGAGCAAUUUAAUCAAUAUUGGAUUAGUUCCCAGCAGCAGUAUGCUGAAAUGCAGCGGGGAUAUUUGCAUGCAAUACAACAACUUCAACUAGAAUUAACUGAGGCAAGGGAACGUUCUGGUGCACAAAAAGAUGGUCCGCCAGUUUCUCGGGAGGGGUCAGCUGAAUCAUCAUUUGUUCAAAGCAUAGCGAACAGCGUGGCUUCAAAUGGUAGUGCAACAGCAGACGGCAACCAGCAAUUGAAAAAUAAUGGAAAUGCGGAUGUCUCUGUAAAGGGAAAUAAUGCCUCUGCUGUACCCAUUCCGUCUUCUCUAUUGGGCAUAGGUGGUUACGCUCCACCUGCGCAUAUUACUGGGUUGCAAUCUUAUAUGAUUCAUCAAGGCAUUCCUCAACCUUUAGCUUCACCCAACUCUGGUGUUCCUCAAUUUGGCAGUUUUCAGUCACAAUCUACAAUUCAACCAAACCUACAUUGGGCGAAUCAGCAGGAAGUACAAAAUGUCUCACAACCACAAGAUGAAACAAACUUUCAACCAUCCCAAUCAGACCAGACUUCAUUACAGCCAGGUGCUAAUAGUACUGAUGAGCUGUCCUCUAAGCCAAGUAAGACUAGCCAUCCAGAUCAUCUAAAUGCCCAUGGGAAACAACAGCAGAGUCCUGCUAGUGUGCCUGCUGAAUCAACUCAUGAACUUACGAAAACAUCACAGGUUGUGGAACAGAAUGUAGCUGAACAUGUAGUCUAUGAUGAGCAGCAAAAGGCCUUCAAAGAACAGGAUUCACCAUCAAAUGUGAACAGCCGUACUGGAAUGGUUGAACAUCAAGAGAAAAAGACUGAAUCAAAGGAUGAAAGAGCUGCAACUGACAAGCAACCUGAGCCUGUACCUAGGCAGCAGCAUAAACCUUCAAAUUUUUCUGCAUCAGCUACCCAGAUUCACUUCAAAAAUAAUGCAGCAGAGUUCAAUCCUAAUGUUGUAAAUCAGGUUGACACAGUGAAAUCAGUUGCGGGUGGUUUUGGUUCACAGUUACCUCGUAUACCAAAGGAGCCUGCUCUCCUAGAUGAGAGAUCUCUAUUGGCUUGCAUCGUACGUGCAGUUCCUGCAGGACCUGAGGGUGGAAUCAGAAUUAGUACAACUCUGCCAAAUAGGCUUGGAAAAAUGUUGGCUCCACUUCACUGGCAUGACUAUAAGAAGCAAUAUGGGAAGCUGGAUGAUUUUGUGGCUAGUCAUCCAGAGCUCUUUGUGAUUGAGGGAGACUUCAUUCACCUUCGUGAAGGAGCACAACAGAUCAUCUCUGCUACUACAGCUGCUGCAAAAAUUGCUGCUGCUACGGCAUCUUCUGUCCCAUACUCAUCAUUGUUACCUUCUGUUGCUGUUACUCCUGUGGCACAAAGCACUCGGCAAAAGAGAGGACCUGCAGUUGAUUCCAGAUCAAGUGCAAUUCCUUCCGGAAAUGGAUUCACAGAUCAAUUUAACCUCAUUCAGGGGGUCAGCGAUGUAACAAUAUCAGGCAAAGUAAGAAACACCCAAGAAAAUGGGUUCUCAGAUGAAGUUCAAACUGGGCAGCCAUCCAUGCACACAGCUGCUGUGAAUGGAGUAAGACAUGACAAAGGUGCUAGUAAUAUCAGACAUGGUUAUGGCGGAAAGCAACAGGGGAGGUCGACUGGUGCUGCAUACAUUUCCAGAAGAUGAAGUGGCUUUCACUGGAUCCAAUUGGUUUUUGAGGGUGGUGAAGUGGUCGGGAACCACCAUGACAGGGGCAACCUUGUAGGAAGCUUGGAAACGGUCGAUGCUGAAGAUGACCAUGAUUAAAAUUAUUCUAGAUUUAUUUUUGCACCAUUGCUCUUCACAGCGCCUGCCCUGGACGGGGGGCCUUGUUUCGGCGAAGCUGUACUGAAAUCCUCUAGCCCCAGAAUCAGAAAAAGGCUGCGGAAGUUUUGCGUCUGUGUAACCUGUCUGUGCUUGUAUUGUGGUGCAUUUGAAUGAAGUGGUAGCGUCGUUAUAUGUCCUUUGGCAUGAUCUUCCGUGAUGUUUACAUUUGGAAAACGAACACUCGAUUUUAGCUCUCGACCUGUGGCAUCAAAGUUCAACUUCUCGGCUGUGAUUCUCA